AUGAGAAGAGAAGGAGCUGAGGAAAGCAGGGAAAGACAGAGGGUGCACUGGAGCAGAGCAGACAGGCCAGGCAACAGGCAGACACAGCAGCAGAAGGAAGAGAGCAGAGCAAGAGAGGAGACAGAGAGGACAGAUGGACACAAGAAAAAGAGGCAAGCAGAGAUGAGGCACAGCAGAAGAGACAGGAGGGGAGCAACAGGCAAGAGCAAAGAAGGACAACAAGCAAGGAGCAGGCAGGACAGAGAGGCAGAGAGGAAGAAGCAGGCAGAGGGCAGGAAAGAAGAGAGCAGAGGAGAGAGAAGAGCAAGAGAGCACAGCAGGAAGGAGCAGAGAGUCAAAGUAGAGAGAGAGAGAAAGAGGGAAAAAGACAAGGGGCAGAAGAGCAGAAGCAGGGGGGGCAGAGAAGAAGAGGGGGAGCACAGAGAGCAGGAUGAGCAGCAAGGAAGCAAGCAGAAGCCAGAGGGCAACACAGAGCAAGAAUUGAAGGAAGAAGGCAGAGCCACAAGAGCAGGAGGCAGGCAGCAAGGGAGCAUCAGAGGAGGGAGAAGCAGGAGCAUCAGGGAACAGAUAGAUGGAGAAGGGCAAGAAGCAGAAGCAGAGCAGACAGCGGCAGGAGAGCAGGAGAAGAAGAACAAAAGGGAGGAGGAAGAAAGCACAGAAGAGGGAGAGCCAAGAAGCAGAGAUGAAAAGGGGCACAGAGGAACAAGGCAGAGGAUCACAGCAGGGAGCAGGAGAGAUCAGCAGAGAGCCAGGGAGCAGGAGAUGCAGGGAGCACAAGGAGAGAGUGGGCAAGCAGGAGAGCACAGGGAAAGGAAAAGAGAGAAGAAAGAGGGGGCAAGGACACAAAAGGGAAGGCAGCAGGACACAGAGCAAGAGAGCACAAAGGAGAAGAGGGCAGCAGAACAGAGCAGAGGUCACAAGGGGCAAGCAAGAGGUCAUGCAGGGAGAAGGCAAGGAGAGGUACACAGCAAAG